AUGAUUCUAGUCGUUUCAUUUUCACAUCGAAACGACUAUCGCGGACAUCAAGAAACCAGAACCACGUUGACAGAGAUUUCAAAUGGGUUCCAUCGAAGAUUUAUCUUCACAAUGACAAUUCAGGUUUUGGCGACUGUAUCGUGUCUGUUGAUGUGGACUACUCUGUUGGCGAAAUUUGCUAUAAGCGGAGAUGAAAAUCUGAAACAUUCAGCUGUACCAGCUCUGAUUAUUACCUUUUACAUUUAUAAUAUCAAUCACAUCAAGUCUUUCUAUGUUUUAGUAUUCACCUUGAAAGAUUUUCGAGAGAAAUUCAUUGAAACGUGUUCUUCAAUACGUCGACGACGUGCACGUUCAACAACUGAAUAUCACUUUGUUGAAAACACACACACUCGAUUAUCCGAAGAUCAAGAGACACACUUAUAA